AUGCCGAUUGCUAACUUGGAUCCCCUAAAAUUUGUCGCGAUAAAUUAUAAGCCGGCGGCGGCAGUUUGGGUACCGCCAUCGGCCUGCUACGCAAAGUUUAGAUGGGAAGAUUGUGGUAAGCCGCCCGUACCCGUCAUGUACUACUGGAGACCAGGUUCCAGAUGUGAAGUAGGACUUUGGCGUGGCUGUCUUCCAAAUCUCAACAUGUUCCAGGAUGAAUACGAAUGUGUAGCCACCUGUAUUUAUUCAUCAAGAGCUGGUCCCUCUGACUUCCAUUCAAUUGAUGCGGUAGAGCAAAUUGACACAACUGAAUUGGAAAUACUAACGACAACAAGAAACGGAACUGAUGAGGAAAAUACUACUAUCGGGUAUACAAUGCAAGAUACAGGUGAAACUGGUCAAACAGCAGAAGUCGGAAAAGCGGAAGGUGGAAAUGAAACUUCUACGAAUAUAGAUGCAGCUACAACAGUGGAUGCUUAA